AAAAAACAGUAGUUAUGUAAAAAAUUACUGAUACCUUUCAACUUCAUAAUGUUUGCAAAUAGUUCCUAUUAACUUCAAACCUCAGUAGCUUUUCCAACAAGAUUAAUAGUAACCAUAACACUCAGUCUAUAUAAAGUUCAAUUGUUUCACAUACUCUUCUUAUCAAGCUCUCUAGCAGUACGAACAAAAUGAAGAUAUUAGGUUGGAUGCAUCGCAAGUUCCGGCAGAACAGCAGCGAAACUCCAAAAGAAUUUUCCUUUGGUUUUACUGGGCAACCAUCCUUGGACGACCUUCAGUCCUACCCAAAAGGAGGUUAUGGCAGUAAGCCCUUCAUCAAAGCCCAUAGAGACAUCUAUCGGAGAAACUCAUUUACCAGUCUAGAAGCUGCAAGAGGGGAAGAGGAGGACCUUGAAGAAGAACAGGCAACUGCUCUGACAGAGCUCUUUCAUGGGUUCCUUCAUAUUGGUACUCUAGGUACAGAACCAGUUAACACUGACCCAGCGACACCAACAUUUUCCAUCUCUGUGGAUGACAUAGCUGAAAAAGAGACCAAAGUGACAGAAAAUGAACUGAAGCUAAUCAAUGAUGAGUUGGAAAAGGUUCUGGCAGCUGAAGGUGACAGCUGCAAUGCUUCAUCUGGAAGAAACAGUCAUGUCAGUGCUGGACGUAACAGUCAUGUUAGUGCUGGACGGAACAGUCAUGUUAGUGCUGGAAGGAUCAGUCAUUGCAGUACAAUUACACUCAGCGGCAAGCCUAUUGAAAAUGCUGAGACAUGUGGCAGUGAAGCAACCAUCUGUCCUCUACAGAGCUAUCUUUUUGGAUCAGCCAUUGGGCUGCAAGAGACAACACCACCAGUAAGGAAAGAACAAAGGACAUCUCUUGGGGAGCUAUUUCAGAAGACUAAGCAAGCAGAAGACAAUUUUGGAACUAAACCUGACAGGGGUGAGAAGCGACCUGAAAAGGAAACUGAAAAAUCUGCUGUGCAUGUCAUGAAAAAGAUGCUGAAAAGAAAAAUUAUCCAUGCUUCCUCAAGGAGUACUACAGCAAACUCAGGCGUAAUAGAUCCUACAACAGCUGAAACAAAACUGCAUAAGAUCCUGCAGAUUUUCAACCGGAAGGUCCAUCCUGAGAACUCAACUUCUUGUUCCCAGUCUCAUAACCCCACCAAAAAUGAGAUCAAGAACAUCAAUGCCCAUUUGAUGGCAUCUAAUAGUGGAGGCCUACGACCCUCUGCUGAAGAUAUCAUAAUUUAUCCACAACAAGCCAUCUCAAAAGAAAACACAUGCAGCUACAAGAACCAAUCCCACUUACCCCAGUACACAAAAAGCAGUGGCGACGUUACUGGGAGCGAGCUCUGGGUCAAAACUGAUGCAGACUACUUGGUGUUGGAGCUCUGAUGAUGGAAAAAGCCAAGUUGAGGUGCCUGGCUCUUAGUGAUGCAAAAUUAUAAGAGAUAUUUAAAAAUCUAAGAUUUCCUGUGUGGAUUUCAUAUUUGAGUGGUUGUUUCAUGAUGAGUUUGCAAGAAUGAUAAUAAGACAGGCAUUGUAUGUGUCUGCUUCUAUUGUGUGUAGUGAAGCUAUUCUAUUAUGUCCUGUAAAACUUCAGAUAAUUUUACUGUUUCUGCUUAGCAGUGGUGAAAUACAAGUAUCAAGUUAAAUAA